AUGUGGCGCCGCCUCCCCACCCGCCGCCUCGCCUCCGCCUUCCUCUCCUCCUCCCCACUCCAGCGCGCCGCCACCACGCAUGCUCCUCCUCUCGAGCGCCAUCUCCCCACUACGGUCUCCGGUCUCCUUCCGCCGUCACGCUUGCCCCCGUGGCAGCAGGAGCCGCGGUGGUUCGCCUCCUCCUCCGCGGCGGAGGCUGUGUCCUCGGAGGAUGCCGAGGAGCUGCACCACGCGAUAGAGGAGAUCGUCCGGGCGCAGCCGAGUCAGAAUCUGCCUCAACCUAAGUCGGUGGCAGAGGAGCGGCAGGCACCCGGGCGGGGCCACCUUGGCCGGCAUAGGAGAAGUGGGCGCGGGCGGCAUGUGGAAGUGAUGGCGGCGGAGCACGGGAUGACGUACCACAGGUACACCUCCCUUCGCCGGCGGCAGAUCCGCGUCGAGACGGAGGCGUGGGAGCAGGCCGCCAAGGAAUACCGUGAGCUUCUCGCGGACAUGUGCGAGCAGAAGCUCGCCCCCAACCUACCCUACAUCAAGUCACUCUUUCUUGGCUGGUUCGAGCCGCUGCGGGACCAGAUCGCCGCUGAGCAAGAGCUUGUGGCAGACCCCGGGUCCCGGGCCUCGCACGGCCCCUUUUUCAACAUGCUCCCUGCGGACAUGAUGGCUGUCAUCACCAUGCACAAGCUCAUGGGGUUGCUCAUGACGGGCAGUGGGGACGGCAGUGUUCGAGUCAUCCAGGCCGCGUGCCAGAUUGGCGAGGCCAUUGAGCACGAGGUUCGAAUAAACAGAUUUCUGGGGAAGACAAGGAAAAAAAGCAACAAAGAAAUGGAAAAGGAAGAAGAAGCUGCUGUUGACACAGACAUUGCCAAAGAACAACAGCGUCUAAGAAAGAAAGUCACUGACCUAAUGAAAAAGCAAAAGUUACGGCAAGUAAGGAAGAUAGUGAAGAAUCAAGAUAAUUCCAGGCCAUGGGGUCAAGAUGCUCAAGCAAAAGUCGGUAGUCGUUUGAUUGAGCUCUUUAUGGAAACAGCACAUAUACAACCACCUGCAAGCCAAUCAUCAGAUGGUCUGCCUGACAUCCGUCCUGCUUUCAGACACGAAAUGAGAACAAUGGCAAAAGAACAACAGAAGAAUAGUCGCAGAUAUGGUGUGAUCAAGUGUGAUCCACUGGUCCGGCAAGGCUUGGAUAGAACAGCAAAGCACAUGGUCAUUCCGUACAUGCCUAUGUUGAUUCCCCCAAUCUGUUGGACAGGAUAUGACAAGGGAGCACACCUCUUUUUACCAUCAUAUGUAAUGCGCACCCAUGGUGCUAGACAACAGAGGGAGGCUGUUAAAAGGGCUCCAAGGGAACAGAUGCAAUCUGUUUUUGAGGCCUUGAAUACUCUUGGGAGCACGAAGUGGAGAGUUAACAAAAGAGUUCUUAGCAUUGUUGACAGAAUAUGGUCAAGUGGUGGCCGGCUUGCUGACUUGGUUGAUCGUACUGAUGUUCCCUUACCGGAGAAGCCUGACACUGAAGAUGAAACCUUGCUAAAGAACUGGAAGUGGCACUUGAAGUCAGUCAAGAAGGAGAACAGUGAAAGGCAUUCUCAGAGAUGUGAUGUUGAACUCAAACUUGCUGUUGCUAGAAAAAUGAAGGAUGAAGAGGGAUUUUACUAUCCACACAACCUUGAUUUUAGGGGUCGGGCUUAUCCAAUGCAUCCUUACCUGAACCACUUGGGUUCGGAUCUUUGUCGAGGGAUUCUAGAGUUUGCUGAAGGUCGGCCACUUGGCAAGUCAGGCUUGCGUUGGCUGAAGAUACACCUAGCAAAUUUGUAUGCUGGUGGUGUUGAUAAGUUGUCAUAUGAUGGCCGGAUUGCAUUUACUGAGAAUCAUUUGGAGGAAAUAUUUGAUUCUGCUGAUAGGCCUUUAGAAGGCAAACGAUGGUGGCUUGGUGCUGAAGAUCCAUUCCAGUGCCUGGCAGUAUGCAUGAAUCUCACUGAAGCUUUAAGAAGCUCAUCUCCAGAAACAACAAUCUCACAUAUUCCUGUGCACCAGGAUGGCUCUUGUAAUGGCCUGCAACACUAUGCAGCACUUGGAAGGGAUAAGUUGGGAGCCAUUGCUGUCAACUUAGUCGCUGGAGAAAAGCCUGCAGAUGUUUACACUGGAAUAGCAACCAGGGUGGUCGAAAUUAUGAGGAUGGAUGCACAAAAAGAUCCUUCUAUAGAUCCUGAUGUAGCUCGUGCUCGUCUGAUAGUUGAUCAGGUUGAUAGAAAAUUGGUGAAGCAAACUGUGAUGACAUCUGUGUAUGGUGUCACCUAUGUCGGAGCACGUGAACAAAUAAAAAGAAGACUAAAGGAGAGGGGGGUUAUUCCUGAUGAAGCGGAACUGUUUGGUGCAUCAUGCUAUGCUGCUAAGGUUACUCUUACAGCACUUGGUGAGAUGUUUCAAGCUGCCCGUGGUAUCAUGAACUGGCUUGGUGACUGUGCCAAGGUAAUUGCUUGUGAAAAUGAACCAGUGAGAUGGACGACUCCUCUUGGGCUCCCAGUUGUGCAACCAUAUCGCAAACUUGGGAGGCAUCUUAUUAAAACGUCACUGCAGGUUUUGACCCUUCAGCGGGAGACUGAUAAGGUUAUGGUGAAGCGGCAGAGGACAGCUUUCCCUCCAAACUUUGUGCAUUCUCUUGAUGGCUCUCAUAUGAUGAUGACUGCUGUUGCUUGCAAAAGGCAAGGUCUGAAUUUUGCAGGAGUUCAUGAUUCAUAUUGGACCCAUGCCUGUGAUGUUGAUACAAUGAAUAAAAUACUUCGGGAAAAGUUUGUGGAACUCUAUGGUACACCUAUUUUGGAAAAUUUGUUGGAGAGUUUCGAGAAAUCUUUCCCUAAAUUAAAGUUCCCACCGUUGCCGGAGAGGGGAGACUUCGAUAUGAAGGAAGUCCUCGAGUCUCCGUAUUUUUUCAACUAG